UGUUGUUGUUGUUGUUGUCGUUAUCAGCCCAGUCUUGUAGGCUUCCUGCCCAAUUUUGGAUUUCCGUUGACAUUUAUGUAUUUAUCAGAUCCUUGAUCCAACACAGUGACAGCAGCUUUAAACAUUAAGCUCUGAGUUACCUUACUUGAUAAUUUGCCUUGUUACACAAGUCUUACACAGUCCUAUAAGUCCUUGUGAUAUUAUUUGAUCGUAAUGGGGAAUGCUAUGAUGAAACAAUCUUAUGAAAGUCUUAUGAAAUCAUAUACACUAUUUAAAAAAGAUUGUAAGUCAUAAACUAUCACAGCAUAUGUGCAUAUUGAACAGUGUAUUCCAGAUUUAGUUAGUCUUUGCUGUUAUAAUAAUCUACACUCUACUGGGAGCUUAUGAGUAUAUCUGUGGGGAUUUGUGCUCAUUCAGCUACAAGAGUAUUAGUGAGGUCAGACACUGAUGUUGUAUGAGGAGCUCUGGGAUGAAGUCAAUGUUCUAGUUCAUCCAAAAGGUGUUCGGUUCGGUUGGGAUCAGUGCUCUGUGCAGGUGACUUUAACCUUUCACAUCAACCUUGGCAAACCAUAUUAUAGUAGGGCUUGCAUUGUGCAGUGACACUGUUAUGCUGAAAUAAUUUUAAGCCCCUUUGUUCCAUUGAAGGAAACUGUGAUGCUAUUUCGUACAAUGUCCUAAAAAUAUAGGCUUCCAUCUUUGUGGCAACAGUUUGGAGAAGGCGAACAUAUGGUUGUGAUUGCCAGGUGUCCAGAUACAUUUGGCCAUAUAGUGUGCAUAUACUGUAAAAUGUUGGGCAAAAUAUUCUGCUUCCAAGUCUUAUUUUUCACAAUUAUACAGGGAAACUGUACAAUGAAAUGAGUAAUGUUUUAAUCUGAUGACAAGUAUAGUACACAGGACAGCAUUUAAAACCAAGCAAUCUAACUUCAAAAAAUGACAAAAACAGUAAUUGCCCCUUGAGUCACCCCACUGACUGUCUCAUUUCUUUUUCCAGGUAUUUUGACAUUAAACAUCAGUUUUUAAUCCCUUUUGUGUGAACAUUAAGGGCUCCAAAUUUUGGGGUUUCUUAGAUGAGUGUGGCUGCCCAUGGCUUGUGUCCAUGAGCAGUGUCCCUCCCCCUCCCUUUCGGGUUUCAGUACCCCAAUUUCUGACACUCCAUUUCGCCGGCCAGACUCUGAUGUGGCUGCAUGUACCCCGGAUACUGAACUCACCCCCACGCAAUGUGUCCUACGCAAUGUAUUGUCCAUUGAUCCUGUCGGGGAUGGGACCCACACACGGGGCAACACUCCCACUCCUAGUGAUGACCCUGCACAGUUCUCCAACAGUGUGCUGAAGCUGCACGAAGGUGGAGCUGAAGGGGGAGCCAUGCGCAACCAGUCAGAGAGCUUUAGGCUGCAGGCAGGUGGAGGAGGCUUUCUGGAGGGACUUUUUGGUUGCCUGAAGCCGGUGUGGACCAUGAUUGGCAAAGCAUAUUCAACUGAAAACAAGCAGAGCCAGGAAGAGUCCUGGGAGGUGCCCUUUGAGGAGAUCUCAGAGCUCCAGUGGGUGGGUAGUGGGGCUCAGGGAGCAGUGUUCCUGGGCAAGAUUCAUGGUGAAGAAGUGGCUGUGAAGAAAGUAAGAGACAUCAAGGAAACCGAGAUCAAACACCUCCGUAAGCUCAAGCACCCCAACAUCAUCACAUUCAAGGGUGUGUGCACACAAGCUCCAUGUUAUUGCAUUAUCAUGGAGUACUGUGCACAGGGGCAGCUGUACGAGGUUUUGAGAGCAGGGAGAAAGAUUACACCAUCACUGCUCGUCGACUGGGCCAUGGGUAUUGCAGGGGGCAUGAACUACCUCCACCUGCACAAGAUCAUUCACAGGGACCUCAAAUCACCUAAUAUGCUGAUUACCCAUGAUGACCUAGUGAAGAUCUCAGAUUUUGGCACGUCAAAGGAGUUGCGAGAUAAGAGCACAAAAAUGUCCUUUGCUGGCACCGUGGCUUGGAUGGCACCAGAAGUUAUAAGAAAUGAACCUGUCUCAGAGAAAGUGGAUAUAUGGUCAUUUGGGGUGGUUCUCUGGGAGAUGCUCACAGGUGAAAUCCCCUACAAAGACGUGGACUCUUCAGCUAUUAUCUGGGGAGUGGGCAACAACAGCUUGCAGCUGCCUCUGCCAGAAAGCUGCCCUGAUGGUUUUAAGAUCCUCUUAAAACAAUGCUGGAAUUGCAAGCCCAGAAAUAGACCAUCAUUCAGACAGAUUCUGCUGCACCUGGACAUUGCCUCAGCCGAUGUGCUAUCCACACCACAGGAGACCUACUUCAAAUCACAGGCUGAAUGGCGUGAGGAGGUCAAACAGCAUUUUGAGAAGAUCAAGUCUGAGGGAACAUGUCUGCACCGGCUAGACGAGGAGCUCAUUAACCGUCGCCGUGAAGAGCUCAGACAUGCCCUUGACAUCAGAGAGCAUUAUGAGAGGAAGCUGGAAAGAGCCAACAACCUUUAUAUGGAACUGAGUGCUGUCAUGCUACAGCUAGAGCUGAAAGAAAAAGAACUGCUUAGAAGGGAGCAGUGCCUGGAUAAGAAAUAUCCUGGGCUGUUCAAACACCAUCCUUCAAACACAGUGGACAAACUCAUUAAGAAGAGGAACGUACCCCAAAAGCUUCCUUCACAUGGCAAGAGACCCGACCUCCUAAGAUCAGAGGUCAUCCUCCCUAAAAUGGACCCUGGCGUGGUGCAAGUAACGGUUCCUUCUUGUGCAAACCGGACCUCUACUUCACCAAGUCGUGCCCGGAGGGUUAAAACGCGGCAUCGCAGGGGGGGCCGGGGAAGCAGUGGUGAUCUCUCGGGGCCCAAGCACUCCACUGGUACCUCCACCAGAGAGAGAGAAACACCCACACUGAGCACUGCACCACCCAGUGGUGCUCCAGCUACCGAACAAACAGUGGGAACUGCUUCAAGAGGAAGCCAGCUUGAAGCCCCCCCACUUAAACUGUCCUCCUCCAGCCCAGACCUGCUUUGCUCAACCCAUGGAGCUGAGGGCGGAGCCAGUGGUGGGGCUGGAAGUCUGAGUGUGUGUGAAGGGCUUGUUAGCGGAGUCCGAGGCGUGGCUGAAGCUGCUGUGGGAUUGGAUGAAACUCCACCACGGAGCGACACAGCAAGCGAGGAUGCUGCGUCGCUCCCUUUCUCGAGCAGUCCCGAUUCACCCUGCUGCGCAAGAGGUGUGGCUGUGGGACGGGGACACUCUCUGGGGGAGGAAAGAGAGGAUGGAACUGGGGCAGUUCGAUUGCCGAGGGGAGCUAGUGGCAGUCAUUUGACUCCAUCAGCUAUACUUUACAGAGCAGCUAUUACACGCAAGCAGCGCCGUGGUGUGUCUUCAGAGGAAGAGGAGGGAGAAGUAGAUAGUGAAGUGGAACUACCAAGGAGACGACGGCCAACUAGUAUAUCUAAGUGCCAGUCGGUAUCCACCUUCAGCUCAGAGAAUUUGUCUGUCUCGGAUGGAGAGGAAGGCCAUACCACUGACCACUCUCACAGCGGCACACCAGAUGUGGUCAGCACUAAUACAGAUGAGCGCCUGGAUGAUCGAAGUGAUGACCUCAUCUCACAGGGCUCUGAGAUCCCCGCUGACAUCACAGACCCUGCAGUCUCAGAGAGGGAGGCUGCUGCUCUUGAACAGGAGAGAGCAAACUUUGAUCUGGAACAAAACAUUUUGGAGACCCGAGCAUUGUGUGAAGAUUCAGAUUGCGACAGUGCUGAGCUUGACCAAUCGGGGAGUGGAGAACCAAGUCGCCCCCCAAGUGCAGGAGGCUGGGGUCAGGGUCCGAACUAACAAACGUGCAUACAAAAACACCCAACCCUGUGCAUUUGUAAAUAUUGUAUAUAUGUUCACCAAAACAUCUACCAGCACACUUCCACAUUUGUAGUAUCACUGAAACACCUGAUACACCAAACAUACACAAACACCAGGAAAUUUGCCUAUAUUAGGGCCUGUAACAAACUGGUGAUGCAGAUUCAAUUGAUUAAUGAAACAAGCAAAUAUUAGCCACUUUAAGAACAUACUUGUACAAGCGUGACUUGAUGUCAAUGAGAUUCCAAAGACCAGGGCCCCAUUCUUUGUAAAUGAAUCUCAUAUCAAUUAGAAUUUGUAAUAAUUUAAAAUUUCCCUGAUUUUUUUUUAAAAAUAUGGUUACCCAAAGCAAGUUCAAGGUUACAGGUGUUCCUUUCCUUUACUAAUCAUCUUCAACAUAUACUCAUAAAGCUUGAAAUUACAGUCUUACUUAUAGUUGUACUUACAUAUACCUAUUAUACUUGAACUCAUUUAUGUAUUCAACAAAAAUAGGGCUACACACUUUUCCAUAAAUAAUGAUUAUGAAAGGUGCUGACUCUUAUUAUCGGGAGGCUUUAUAAUAACAUACUCACCCUCAUAUCUACAUCCCCUACCCUAUACAUAUUUGUUCCUAAUUAUGGCUUCUUUUCAACCAUCAAGAUUCUAUGACAAUUUAAUUUUACCCUGUGGGAUUGGUGUGGGAACUGAUGAGUGCAGGAAUUAAUUCUUGAAAUUAAACAGGCGAGAACAAGCAAAGCAAUUAUUAUCUUUUGUUCUUAUAGAACAAAAAACAAAACAAAACAAACAAACAAAAAAAAUCUAUGCAGAAGACACCCUAGAAACUAUAGCUAGAAACAUCAGUGGUUAUUAGCAGGUGUGGCAUUUUUAGCCCAACACAUAUAAACACUAUAAAUAUCAUCAAUUUAGCAUCUAUUUCUAAGUCUUUAAAAUAUAUCACUCACUAUCUCUUGUUUUACAGACUUUGAGCCUCAUUUAUCAAUUAUUUACAAAAUCUGUGUGUAAAAAUUCUCAUAUGCCAAACUAAAAAAUCCUGUCAGAUUUACAAAUGUUUUGGUAACAUUUAUAUUAUUUUUUACUAUUUUUAUGUAUUUUAUGUUCACAUGAUCAAUUCCAAUUACCCAUAAAUUAAACAAACUUCAUGAAAGGCAUAGCACAUAGUGAGCUGAGUGACAAAACAACCAAAUGUGGAAAUAACCUCUUUCCGAUAGUGCAGUUCAGCCAAUGCAGUGUCUUCUACAGACACACACUUACUUAACUGCUUUUAUUUCUUUUAGGGUGCCAUUACUUUUAUUUGGCUUGAAUGGCUUAUCUAAUUUGAAAUUGAUUUCUAGUUUUGAUUUAACAUAAAACAACUGAUUUUCACAGAAUUUUGUGUAAUUGAAAUAAAUUGCUUAUUCAAACUAUUUAAACUACUCAGCAUAAUCGAUCAAAAAACUGUAACUCAAUCAAGGUUCACAUAAGUCUCCUUACUCAAAUGUUUUUCCAAACUGGAAAUUGAUACCACUUUAAUAGUGUCAAUACACUUUCAAACAAUUUACAAGUGAAACUUUUGCAUCCAGAUUGAUAAAUGAGGCCCAGUGUUUGCUUAAAUGAAAAGAGUUCUGAACUAUUUCACUUCUUUCUGUAAUGAGUGGAUCAGCAGGAGGUAUGCAGUAGUUAUUCAGUUAAGUUGUAAUUAUUUGUAGCAAAAGUAUUUUUUGUUUAGUUUGCUAGUCAAUGAUAAUUACUGUGCUAACUUAAAGAUGAUAAUAGCAUUCACCACACAAUUGAACUUUGUUGAUAUGAACACUACGUAUUAAUACUGAAUUUAUUGAUCUUACAUAUUGGCUUUGUUCAUAUCAUCUUUACCACUUAAUUAAGAAAUGUCCAAUCAGUAUGUCAGGAUAUACCUAUUCUUGUGCUACUGCAAUUGAAUUAUCAGGUACACGUUUUUAUCAAAUAAAUUCAAGACCAAAAAAAACAAAAAAAAACAAAAAAAAAAAAACCCUGAAGCCGAACAAUUAUUUGUAUCAGUAGCACAGUAAUGUUUGUCAAUAUUAUUUUGUCUGCUUCUUUUUAUUUGGCAUUUAGAACAAUUUGUUUGAUUUUAUGGGAUGUGGAUGCAAAAAAAGAACUUGAUGUUUUACUUUUUUUUAGAUGCUUACCCUAACCCAGCUGUUGUUCCAUGUCUUGAGUAGGUUUUUAUUUUUAUAUAUAUAUAUAUAUAUAUUUCUCAUUUCUGCCAUUGCACAAAAGCAGUAUUUAUGGUUUACAGGUUCUAAUUGUUUUAGACUCUCAGAACAAAAAAGGGGUCUUUGGUGUUUGGCUAGAUAUUAGUUGGCCCUAGUUUCUAAAGACAUAAUCUCUAACUUUCUCUAGAAUAAUUUUCUGAUCAGGUGCUUCAAGGCAUAUGGAUGCAAAACAGUUCUUUGUUAUAGAUGUUUAAAUUUGUUGUGAUAUGCUUACCCUAACCCAGCUCUAAACUUAAGCCUAGCCUUACCUUAAUAGAUACAGUAGAUAGCAAUGUACUAUGUGCUAACUUUUAUGAUAAGUUAUAGUUUCAAGCUAGGAUUGGGACUGGCUCCACCAGAGGGACAAAGCACAGCAUACUUUCAAGGGCAAGAUUUAUGAAAUCUUUUUUCCCUAACCAUAUACUCCUCAUAAGCACAUCACCAAGUAAUGUGAUUUGCAUAUUUAUAUAGGCCUAAAGCUCUCGCUUUUGUCAUUUCUACAGCAGCAUUCUUUGCCAGUUUUCUGACUUAUACUAAGUGAGACAGCAUGAGAGAUUUUCACAAUUAAAAAAUAAAUUGCCCUUGUCUUUAAGAACUCACGUGAACUUUGAUAUCAAAUAUGAAUUUUGAAAUGAUAUAUUUUAGAAAAGCAUGGCUUAUUAUAAACAAUCUAUAAAGAAUGGGGCCCAGGAAAUUGCCACGGAAAAUUGACAAAUAUUAAGAACACAUUUUUUGAAUGAAAUUUAAAUAAAAAAUUAAUUCAUUUGGGAAUUGAAGAUUGGAUUUAUUAAUAAUAAGUUAGUAAUAAUAGACCAACUAAUGAUAGCUGGAAAACAUUUAAUUUAAUACAAGAAUUUAAGCAUGACAACUUUCACCAAACAAUCUACAAUCACUGAAUCAAGUGUCAUUUUAGAAUCUUUAAGAUACAACUUAGGAGCAACUUUGAAUUUAACAUUUUAAUAUUUUCUUCUUCGUAUUGCCUCCUGAUCUUAAGAUUUUUUUUCCUUUAAUAGGGACAUGCAAUAUGUACAUUACAAAUAUUCGGAAGAUAACACUUUUAUUUUCUGUACUUCCUGUAAAAAAACAAACAAACAAAAAACAUGGUGUAAAACAAAACAAAAGACUUUUUUGGAUGUAUGAGGAUUUUAACUUCAUAGUUUUAAGAGGUAUAAUGAACAAAAUGCAUGAAAUCUGUUUGUAAGCAUUUUAAUUUUCAAUUCAUUGUUUUUUAUAAAUUUGAGAAAUGUUUCCUUUUUUUUUUACCUUGAAUGUGUGUAAUAGCCUUGUGUUGCUUGUAGGCACUUUAUAUAAUAGAAUGUUAAUGUA